UUUAUAUAAACACGUAUCUCAAAACUUCCAAACAUAUAUCUCUAGCUUUUCAUCAUCUAUAUACAGUAUACUCAUUGCGUUUUGAGCUGAUCAAUCAGCUAACAGUAACACUGCCAACUUAUUUGAUUCAGAAACCGUUGCACACAAUUUCAGAAGUGCAUAAUUUUUUAUAAUUUUGGUCAGUAAAUUUUCUACACGUACGACUAAAAAUGUGGAGGUUGAAGGUUGGAGAAGGGGCUAAUGACCCAUACUUAUAUAGCACUAAUAACUUUGUUGGGCGUCAAACUUGGGAGUUUGAUCCUAACUAUGGCACCCCUGAGGAUAUUCAAGAGGUCGAAGAUGCUCGCCGCGAUUUUUACAAUAAUCGGUUUAAAGUGAAGCCUUGUAACGAUCUCUUAUGGCGUUUUCAGUUCUUAAGAGAGAAAAACUUCAAGCAAACCAUACCUCAAGUGAAGGUGGGUGACGGGGAGGAGAUCACAUAUGAGACCGCCUCGACGACAUUAAAGAGAGCGGUGAAUAUUUUCACAGCCUUGCAGUCUGAACAUGGCCAUUGGCCGGCUGAAAUUGCUGGCCCUCAGUUCUUCCUUCCUCCUUUGGUAUUUUGCUUAUACAUUACAGGAGAUCUUAACUCUGUUUUCGGACCAGAACAUCGUAGAGAAAUUCUUCGCAGCAUCUACUAUCACCAGAACGAAGAUGGAGGUUGGGGAUUACAUAUUGAAGGACAUAGCACCAUGUUCUGUACCGCACUGAAUUACAUAUGUUUACGAAUGCUUGGAAUAGGACCUGAUGAAGGUGAUGACAACGCGUGCCCUAGAGCGCGUAAAUGGAUUCUCGACCAUGGUAGCGUUACACAUAUCCCUUCUUGGGGUAAAACUUGGUUAUCUAUACUGGGCCUGUUCGAUUGGUCUGGAAGUAACCCAAUGCCACCUGAGUUCUGGAUCCUUCCUACUUUUCUCCCUAUGCAUCCAGCAAAAAUGUGGUGCUACUGUCGAAUGGUGUAUAUGCCAAUGUCAUACUUGUAUGGGAAGAGAUUCGUAGGUCCAAUCACACCUCUCAUUAAACAACUUAGGGAAGAACUCUACAACGAACCCUUUGAACAAAUUAGUUGGAAGAAAAUGCGACAUUUGUGUGCACCGGAGGAUCUCUACUAUCCUCAUCCAUUGAUUCAAGACUUGAUGUGGGACGCUCUUUACCUUUUUACGGAACCUCUCCUGACCCGUUGGCCUUUCAACAAGUUGAUACGAAAGAAAGCAUUAGAGGUUACAAUGGAACACAUACAUUAUGAAGAUGAGAACAGUCGUUACAUAACAAUUGGAUGUGUCGAGAAGGUUUUAUGUAUGUUAGCCUGUUGGGUGGAAGACCCUAAAGGGGAUCAUUACAAGAAACAUCUUGCAAGAGUACAAGAUUACAUUUGGAUUGCUGAAGAUGGAUUGAAAAUGCAGAGUUUUGGAAGUCAACAAUGGGAUUGUGGGUUUUCAGUACAGGCAUUAUUAGCUUCUAAUCUUAGUCUCGACGAAAUUGGACCUGCUCUUAAGAAAGGCCAUUUCUUCAUUAAGGAGUCACAGGUGAAGGACAAUCCAUCCGGCGACUUCAAAGCUAUGCAUCGCCAUAUCUCAAAGGGAUCGUGGACUUUCUCCGACCAAGAUCAUGGUUGGCAAGUCUCCGAUUGCACUGCCGAAGGCCUUAAGUGUUGUCUAAUCUUAUCAACAAUGCCCCCGGAAAUUGUUGGAGAAAAGAUGGACCCUGAACGCCUUUAUGAUUCUGUCAAUGUCUUGCUUUCUCUACAGAGUAAUAAAGGAGGGCUAGCUGCCUGGGAACCAGCAGGGGCUCAAGAAUGGUUGGAGGUCCUAAACCCAACAGAAUUCUUUGAAGACAUUGUGAUUGAACAUGAGUAUGUAGAGUGUACGGCUUCAGCAAUUCAAGCUUUAAUAAUGUUCAAGAAGUUAUACCCAGGACACAGGAAAAAAGAGAUUGAAAAUUUUGUAGUAAACGCAGUCAAGUACCUUGAAAACACCCAAUAUCCUAGUGGAGGAUGGUAUGGAAAUUGGGGGAUUUGUUUCAUAUAUGGAACAUGGUUUGCACUAGGAGGGCUAGCAGCAGGUGGGAAGACAUACUAUAAUUGUGCUGCUGUUAGGAAGGGUGUUGAUUUUUUGCUUACUACACAAAAGGAGGAUGGUGGUUGGGGUGAAAGUUAUAUUUCUUGUCCCAAUAAGGAAUUUGUGCCAAUAGAGGGAAAGUCCAAUUUGGUUCAGACUGGUUGGGCUUUGAUGGGUCUACUUCAUGCUGGACAGGCGGAGAGGGAUCCAACUCCUCUGCAUCGUGCAGCAAAGCUUUUGAUUAAUUCACAACUCGAAAAUGGCGAUUUCCCUCAACAGGAAAUAACAGGAGUCUUCAUGAAGAAUUGCAUGUUACAUUAUCCGAUGUACAGAAGCAUUUAUCCACUGUGGGCAAUUGCAGAAUACAGAAAGCGUGUUUCAUUACCUUCUAUCAACUCUACUUGAUCAAGUUUAAUUAUUACCUUGCAAGCUAGAGAUCUUACAAUCAUUUUACACCACAAUAGGUUUAUUAGAGCUGUAAUUAUGUAAAGUUGUACUAGUACUUUAUAAUAAAAUCUACUCCGACAAAGUAUCAAUUCAAGAGGAGUAUGAAUACAAAUACUAUAUAUAUGCUA